CUGCAGCCGCUCUGUGGGGAGGUCCUAAUCUGGUCUAGCAGCUGGGAGCGUUUGACCACGUGACGCGAGAGCUGUUAGAGAGCAGCCAUCACCAUUUCACCUAAUUCAUGCCCAGCCUGGGAAAAAAGGUGAGAGCACAAGGAAGAGGAAAACUACGAUGGAGUAGCUGAAGCCACUGAAACCGUGCCCGGUCUCAUCCACCCUGCUGCCGCCUCACAACUUAACAAGGUUGGCUUCCAGCUCAUCAUCUGGCCUUGGCUGUCUGCAUCUAACAAAGCAAAAGGGCAAACCUGCUUCUUAGGUGACAGCAGGACACUGGAAUAGAGGGUCUGUGGCUGAUUACUCCCCCCAUUAGUCUUUGAGGAAGCGGGGGGAGGAAGAGGAGGAAGAACGAGCUGCUAUAUCUACCUGUAGCAUGGGGCAGAAAGUCCCAGGUGGCAUUAAAACCAUCGAUAUGCGGGAUCCAGCAUUCAGCCCCCUGAAGUUGGAGCUACAGGCCCUGAAUCACACCAAGCCAUCACGACUGGAUCUGCUGCUGGACAUGCCACCCGCGAGCCUGGACAUCCAGGUCCAACACUCAUGGAACAAUGAUGACCGCUCCCUCAAUGUCUUCGUCAAAGAUGACAACAAGCUGGUGUUCCACAGGCACCCUGUUGCGCAGAGCACGGACGCCAUCCGGGGCCGUGUUGGCUACACAAGGGGACUGCAUGUGUGGGAGAUAAGCUGGGCCAUGCGCCAAAGGGGUACACACGCUGUGGUCGGAGUGGCUACAAGUGACGCACCUCUACACUCAGUGGGCUACACAGCUUUGGUAGGAAGUAAUGCUGAAUCCUGGGGCUGGGACCUGUGCAGGAGUAAACUCUACCACGAUGGCAAAAAUCACCCAGCAAAACCCUACCCGGCCUUCCUUGAACCAGACGACACCUUCAUAAUACCAGACUCUCUCUUAGUAGUCUUGGACAUGGAUGAGGGGACUCUUGGUUAUAUAGUAGAUGGACAUUAUUUAGGGGUGGCAUUCAGAGGACUUAAAGGCAGGAAGCUGUACCCUGUGGUGAGUGCUGUGUGGGGACACUGUGAAAUACGAAUCCGGUACAUAAAUGGACUUGAUCCUGAACCGCUCUCUCUGAUGGACCUGUGUAGGCGUUCAGUGAGGGUGGCAUUAGGAAGAGAGCGUCUGAGUGAAAUCCAUAGACUACCCCUGCCAGCCUCUCUCAAGAACUACCUGCUCUACCAAUGACGCCGCCGACAGUCACAACACUCUGAGCACACCCUCAUUUCUUUGUUUCUCUGGGAUCAUUCUCGGGUUAAACCUGUUUGACAGCAUUGCUCAAGCCUCCAGGACUGAAUCAGCCUCGUGAUUCUAUGAGUACGCUUCCAUGUCAGUGGCUGGACUCCUUUUCAGUUUCUUACCCUGUUUUUAAUGACUCUUUCUCAAAUGUAUUAUCUAACUUUAUCAAAUCAGGAAUCACUGAGCACUAUGCACACGCUGAUCCAGUCGAUGCCCUGGCAGUCACCAGUUUGUAGGUUGCUGUGGUCAAGGUAGUUAAGUGAUCAGUACCUCUGCUGUGACCUCCAGACUUUCUGAUUUAUGCAUUAAUGGCUUGCAGGCUCAGAAAUGUGAUACGCUGUAGUGCUAAAACUCCUAAUGAUGAAUUGGCUCAGCAAUGCAUUGCCCGUAUCUGACCACAAGGUGGCAGCAUAUAUCAAUUUGUACAACCACUUAAAUUGAGCAUUAUAACAGAAUUGUUUUUAGAAAUCAGUAGGUUUUAAAAGUGGUAGUGGAUUUGAAAAAGAAAAAAAAAGUGCUCCAGACACAACACACAAAAGAAUUGCUUACCACUCCAUAGAGAGCGUCUGUAGUGCAGUGCGGUGAAUGCACUGUGAGGCCCCUGAGCUGCUCUGACCUCUCACUGUGCUAUCAGGUUUCUGUGAUCUAAAAGGGCCGCAUCACUAGCCAUCAGGCAUCCGACAGGAAUGCGAUCAGCAGUAAUUUUAACAGAAAUAUAAUGUCACUGUGAUUAUUUGUAGCAUGCAUCUGCAGGAAUUAUUUUCUCAAUAGAGUCACGUCCUUUUUAUCAUUUAUCACUCCUGCUUUCUUGUAGUGCAGUAGUUUUCAACCACAUGCUGUUGAGGCCCAAGAGUAUUUUAUUUUUUUUAUUUUUGGUUUGGUUUGUUAAAUCGGUCUCUCCAUCAGAUGACUUCACUGGUUUGCACAAAUUAAGCCAGGUAAUGGGGAAAACAAAUGAAAUGGCUACUUUAGUGUAACAGCUGACUGACUCUUGGGUCCCACUGGCUCAUAGCUGAGAACCAUUGAUGUAGUGUUUGUUUAUUACCUUAAAAAAGGGGGGCAAGGGGAGUUUGAGGUAACGGGCUAUGUAGAUGCCUGAAUCGACAAGCUAAAGGUUUAAGGCACUGUACUGAGAUAAAAAUGACAAUCUUCAACGUGCUGCACAAAUGUAAUAAAAGGUCAAAUUGCCAACGCAAAUAUCAUAGACCUGUUGUCGCUAGUAUUUUUAAAUGCGCAAAUGUGACACACAUUCAGGAUGCAGCUGAAUGUGGACACACACUUCACUUUUCCUUGCUUGCAGCUUCCUUUUUAUUUGUAUUUCUUGUUGUAGAUUUGUUUGUAAGUAUCUAUUAAAGAUGAUUUCAAAUUAUA